CAGCUUCAGCACCAUCAUGGAGGUGUAUACGCAAAAAAAGAAAAAACAUACAACAGCCGGUGUUCGCUGGUGGUCACCCACCCAACUACUAAUCUGCCGGUUAGUGGCUUAUCUAUGGGGGAGCAGACGGGACCCCGAGUUUUCCACUACCUAUGGUCGUAUGUG